CUUCAACUCUGGUUUGACUCAGUGCACAAAUGUUACGUAUUUCAACAGCAGCAUUAUUGCUCUUUGGGACUGGUUUUCUCCAAGUAAUGUUUUCUAUAGCAAGUAUGAAUGCUCAGCCAGGACAAAGUGUCACUAUGUGGUGUGCACAUGAUAUCCAUGUUUCUGGAGACCUGUACUGGUUCAAACAAACAGACGGUAAUGUACCGAUUACUAUUGUGCGCAUGAUAUACACCGAGAGUCGUCAGAAGGUAGAGCCAAAUUAUUCCAACACUUUCACAAAAGACCAAAUUGCCAUGCAUCUGUUCAGCAAAAGCACAACCCUAACUAUUAAGCAUGCAAGUAUUUCGGAUUCUGGCUUCUAUUUUUGUGGAGCUAUGGGAUAUCACAUGAAAUUUGGCAAUGGAACCAGGCUUGAAGUGAAAGCACAUGUUGAAAAACACCACAGUUUACAUACCAUUGUAAAUGCCACAAUGGUAAGUGACUCAUACUGGCCAACUGUUUUUAUAUCAGAGAAAAAGGGUGAAGGAACCUCAAAAAAGGAUGAUGAGAAAUCGCCUGUAUCUACUGAGGAGUGUUCUAGAGACAUUUUUUUCAUGCUGACCCUGCUAUUUGGUGGCAUCAUUUUUUUUACAUGUAUUAUUUCUCUCCUUUUGGCGAUUAUCAGGCAACAUAAAAGGCACAAGCAUAAAAAGGGUAUAAUAUUUACACAUGGUUAAACAGAUCAAUCACAAAUCAAAUCACAAAUAUAAAUGUUAAUCACCAAUGUGGAAUGAAUUCUUCAAAAAAAUAUAUUCUCAACAGCAACUGAUUUUCUUUUUCUGUGCUUUGUGACAGCCGCUGAAUGUCAAACACAACAGCACGAUGACAAGGAAAAUGAUUCAGUGGAAUAUGCUGCGGUGUAUUUCUCAAACAAGAGAUCCAAAACGGCAGGAAGACACACUGAGUACUCAACUGUUGUUUACACUGACACUACUUGAAAUAUAAAACAACCUCAAACUUAUUAUUUGUAAAUUAACUAUGGUUUAUUAUCAACACCUGAACAAUAUCACAGUUUCUUUUUUAAUUUAUUAAUUAUCGGAGAUCAAAUGGUU